UCCUGCCCCCCUCCCGGUCUGACACGAGCGAGAGAAACACUUCCUGCCCGGGGUACCGCGCGGCACACACGCUUCUUUCUCCGGGUUGAGCAGACCCUGCAGCUGGCAGGCGAGCGAACCUCCGAGGCGGGAGCGCUGGCGGGCUCCUCGCGCGUUCAGUCGUCUUCUCCGCGGCUUGCCGUGGACGAUCCCGCCGCGCGCGCCCAGGGCAGCCCCUUGGCAACGCCUGAGAGCAAAUACCUCGGGGAGUCAGAGGAGGAGACGCGCCUUCAGUUCAGCCCGCCAAAGGGCUGGAGCCGAAACUUUUAAAGAUCGCUCAGAAGUUUGCAGAAGGACUGGACUGGGCCAGUAUUGGAUCUGUGUAAUUGCCUCCUCUCACAAGCCAGAGGGAAGAUGGCACCCACCUUGCAUCAGGCAUACCAGCGACGCUGGUGGAUGGCCUGUACCGCGGUGGUAGAAAAUCUCUUCUUCUCCGCUGUUUUGCUGGGCUGGGGCUCCUUACUCAUUAUGCUCAAACUUGAAGGCUUCUACUCCCACAUGUGCACAGAUAUGAAUAACACCAAUGUUUCAACUAUGGCUAAUGUCUCCUAUCCCUGGCUCAGCUGUGUGGAACAGGACGAAAUGCUCAACCUGGGUUUCACCAUUGGCUCCUUUCUCUUGAGUGCGGCUACCUUGCCUCUUGGCAUCUUGAUGGACCGACUUGGACCCAGGCCACUCCGCUUAGUUGGCAGUGCCAGCUUUGCCCUUUCCUGUGCUCUCAUAGCCCUGGCUGCCUACAACCCAUUAGUUCUUUCUCCAUUGAUUUUUCUUGGCCUUUCCCUAAAUGGUUUUGGUGGGAUCUGCCUGACCUUCACCUCCUUAACUCUGCCCAACAUGUUCGGAAACCUGCGUUCUACUUUCAUGGCACUCUUGAUUGGGUCUUAUGCUUCUUCUGCUGUUACAUUUCCUGGGGUUAAGUUGAUCUAUGAUGCAGGAGUUUCCUUCAUCGUUAUCAUGCUUGUCUGGUCAGGCCUAGCUUGCCUCAUCUUCCUCAACUGCCUGAUCAACUGGCCUAAGGAGUCCUUCCCAGCUCCAGAAGAGGCCAACUAUACGAAGAAGAUCAAACUGAGCAGCCUAGCUCUCGAUCACAAGGUGACGGGUGACCGGUUCUACAUGCACGUGACCGCUGUGGGGCAGCGGCUGAGCCAGAGAGAACCGCAGCAGGAGGGGGGCAAGGAGGCCCUCUACCCGUCGGUGCAGGACCUCUGCCAAGAGGCCACCAAAACUGCCCAGCGCCCCAUCCCUUUCUGCCGCAGUGUCUGUUCCCCCAUCUUUCUGUGGAGCCUCAUCACAAUGGGCAUGACCCAGCUGCGUAUCAUCUUCUAUAUGGCAGCUAUGAACAAGAUGCUGGAGUUCCAGGUGACGGGUGGCGUGGACCCUGUGCCAAAAGAAUUGGAGGAUAAAGCCGAGAAAACAGUCAGUUUCUACUCCUCCAUCUUUGGUGUCAUGCAAUUAUUAUGCCUUCUCACUUGUCCCUUCAUUGGCUAUGUGAUGGACUGGCACAUAAAAGAUUGUGUGGAUGCACCAGGAAAUGCAAACCGUGCUGGAUCUAUCAGCCCUGAGGUGAAAGGAAGACCACCUAAAAUCCGCUACCUUAAGAUCCAGAAGCUCACCAAUACUAUCCGAGCCUUUGUCACCACCAACCUACUGUUGGUUGGGUUUGGUAUCACCGGCUUGAUCAACAACCUUCCUCUGCAGUUUGUGACCUUCAUCCUUCACACCAUGGUGCGUGGCUUUUUCCAUUCUGCCUGUGGAGGUCUCUAUGCUGCUGUGUAUCCUUCCAAUCACUUUGGUACAUUGACCGGGCUCCAGUCAUUGAUCAGUGCUGUAUUUGCUCUCCUCCAACAGCCACUUUUCAUGGCUAUGGUGGGGCCAUUACACGGGGAUCCUUUUUGGGUGAACCUUGCCCUCCUUAUCUUCUCAUUUAUGGGCUUCCUGCUCCCCUGCUAUCUCUUCUACCACCGCCACAAACUUAUCCAGAAGCAAAUGGCCAGAGAUGGUGCUCACGUGAAACUCCAGGACAAUACAACUGCCAAUGGCUUGCUGAACAACGAAGCCACCUCUAUAUAAAUCAGGAGUGGGGAAGAUGGGGAGUUGUGGAUGAUGGGGAACAGAAUGUGGAAUUGGUGUGCCUAACAGAUGGAGCAACGGGAGGAGACAAUACUGUGAGAACAUUACAUUUGGGAACUAUGAAAAUAACCGAGGUGCUUCUAAUUCUCAACAAAUGCCUAUCUAUAUUUAUAUCUAUCUAUAUUUUUUAUAUAUAGAAGCAAAACUCUAUUUUUUGCAGAGUAUUUUAAAAAGCCCAGUGAUUUUUAAAUAGAUGAUUAGAACAGCAGUCACUGAGCAUUGCAGACCAAGAAGCAUUUGUAAAAAUAUCUUGGAUGAAGAGUUGGCAGGGUGGAGUACCUCCAGCACCUUGCCAGUCAUAAUUUUCCAGUGUUGUUUGGCCCUGGUGAGGAAAUCAACUCUCACCACUUCCCUCCUCCCUGCAUGAUAAUUACUGCAGAUAAAAUCAGGAAGUGACUGUAAAAUCCCAGAAAUAAGUUCAAAGUGAUUAUUGUUUGCUAACAGUCCUGGGGAGUCCAGUGUGUUCUCUGUUCCCUUGGGUUUUGACAACUAAUGUUGGGGCAUCUAAAAAUUGGAUGCAAUGUUAUAACAUUGCUCAGUAAUGAAUGCUGCAGGCCAUGCCUCAGCCCCACGGCUGUUUUAAGCUUUAUAAAACAAGCCACCUCCCUGUGAAUAGUCCCCCAGAGAUGAAUCUAAUGGCCUUUAGAGUGCUGUGAAUUUUUCCAGAUACUGUUCUUUGAUCUGUCUUGAUUGCAAGUGUGACAAGGUGUGUAUACUACAGAAAUGUAAGAAGGCAUUGAUUUAACAGGACUUGUGUCAGAAGAAUAAAAAUGCCAAUUUUUCAUGACUGACUUUUAGACUGGGCCCUUCCAAAAGAAACUCCAAAUCUUAGAGACUGGAUUUGCACUGGCAGAUCCCAGCCAAACUUCCUGUUUAUUUAUACUGAAACUGUAUUGCUGCCUUUCUAUUAAAAGCAGGCUUUGGUUUUGCUUAAAACAAAAUAAAGCCAUACAGUAAUUCAACAAUAAAAUUAAAUCACAUUCUGUGCAACUUUAAACCUAAUAAUUAUCUAAAAACUAAUAAGUAAAAGCAACAGUGAGUGAUAAAAUGCAGGUAUAUUAAAAACAUAGAAAUGGUGGAAACAUGGUAAAAUAAGUUUUUAUGAGGUACAUAAAGUAGCACUUAAUUGGGCUGGGCUGGCUCUCCCUUGGAAAUGAAUUCUGUAUAUUAGAACCAACCCUGAAAUUAUUCUAGGCCUACUCCAAGAUAACUGCAAAUUUCCAUAAUUGGUUGUGGCUCGGAGAGAGUGGAGGAGAAGGCACUGUUGGCUAUGGUUGAUGAGUACUCAGUUCCAGAACAACAGAGGGGACCAGGUUGUUCAUCCCACCCUUUCAACUCAGGCAACUUAAACCGUAAAAGGUCAAAGUCAUCAAGCUGAACUGGACCAUCAGCUAAUGUGGUAGCCAGGGCAAAUGAUAUUUGGCCUAUUCCUGCUAAAAGUCUGGCUGCCGUAUUCUGAAUCAGUGGAAUUUUUUGAAACGGUUUCAAGGACUUGUCUCUGUAUAGCAUGCUGUAGAAGCUAAGUGAAAAUUGCUAGAUGGGCAACAUUUGGAAACAUGGCACUCUCACUGAAUGGCUGCCAUAAUGGGAUUUGCCUAUUCAUAAAUGGCUAUCCUGGUGGGUCUUGUAGUCACAAAACACCCAUUUACUAGAAGACAAGCUGGUGAGAUGAUCCCUUAACAUCUCUAGCCCACCAUUCCAACAUCGCUUAGUCUUUUUUCUGGUGAGUUAGGCAUGUUUCCAAACAAAGCAGUAGACUCUGAUCACUCAUCAUUUUCUAAGAAUAUAUAGGACUUUUUUCAGAAACAUUCUUGGGUUUUGGAAAUAAAUAUGAAGCUAGAAUCUGGCA